GUUGAUGGGUGCUUGCUUUAGCAAUCGGAUUACGGCUGUGAGCCCUUCCAUUACAGGGUUCACUUCUAGAAGUGUAAGCAGGAGUGGCCAUGACAUCAGCUCAAAUAGCAGUAACUCAUCAGCCUCCAUAUCUGUCACUUCUAGAAGUGAGGGUGAGAUCUUGCAAUCUUCCAAUUUGAAAAGCUUCAGCUACAGUGAACUACGAGCAGCCACAAGAAAUUUUUGCCCAGAUAGUGUCUUAGGGGAGGGUGGAUUUGGUUAUGUUUUUAAGGGCUGGAUUGAUGAGCAUUCACUUGCAGCUACCAAAUCAGGAAUCGGCAUGAUUGUUGCUGUAAAGAGGCUUAACCAAGAGGGCUUCCAGGGUCAUAAAGAAUGGUUGGUCAGUAUCAAUUCUUCUCUGGAUACUCCUUUAGUUUCCUCUCUGAUGCAUAUUAUUCUGGCUUCAAACUUUAUUUCAUUGUAUAUUAACAAAAUUCUAGGCAACUACUAG